AUGUUUCUGUUCACUAGUGGCGCGAUUCUACGACGGCGGAUUGCUUGGGUACUUGGUCAAUUUGCAAAGCAAGAUUUAGAUCGCAAGCUUCAAAGCAGUGUUUAUGUCGCACUCAGCUGCCUCUUAGAAAACCCCAGCAACGAUAUUGCAGUCAAACUUGCGACUUGUAGAGCGCUUAAAGCCACCGCGAAUUGGGAAGCCGUUGAACCUGAACCCGAUACGAUCCUACCUCAUCUUGAAAUGUUCAUCAAACAAAUCUCCGGUUUACUAAGUUCGGUCGAAAAUCUUGAAAGUCAAAAGAUCUUGACCGAAACGUUACGGCUGGUAAUUGAGAACAGCUACUCGUUAAUGUAG